GAAACGAGCAUGCUUGUUGGUAAUGGGAAGACGUUCUUGGAUGUGAUCAGGAGUUGUCCGUCGUUAUACGGUGAAAAGGCGAGGUAUAUCUCUACAUGGUGGCUUCGAUCGUGAGUGUCAGCAUGAAGGGAAAUCUUCAGACGAUCUGGAAUACUCUUGGUGACCAUGCGAAGACAGAUACCGUUCCGUAUCAGCGAAUAUACUUGCGUGUGCCAGACAAUGGCACGCUCGUUUUGGAUACUUAUCCUCCCUUCGAGUCAACCUCCGAUGACACUCCGAUUGUCCUCAUUCUUCACGGCAUUACAGGCAGCUCUCAGCUACGCCCGAGCUACUGUCAACCAGCUCACGAAGUCGGGGAUGAAGGCGGACCAGGGUUCCGGGCCAUUGUACUCAACUUCCGCGGCUGCGACGGAAAUCCUAUCACAUCGCCACGCCUGUACCAUGCGGGAGAGACAGAUGAUACUCGAUCAGUUCUUCUGUAUCUCACCCAGAAAUAUCCUAGAGCACCCAUCUAUGCUGUUGGAUUCUCCAUGGGGGCGAAUACGUUGGCGGUCUAUCUCGGCGAAGAGGGAAGCGACACACCUAUCAAAGCCGCAGUUUUCGUAUCUAAUCCAUGGGACUGGGUCUCCGCCGCAAAAUACAUUGAAACAGGGCACUUCUUGAACCGUUUCGUCUACGGCCCCGUUCUUGCCGACGCCCUACGCACCAUCUUCGCCGCUAACCUCCACGCCUUCCCACCACACUCAAACGUCACCGUUCCCUUUGAUGUGAAUGUCCCUAAAGUACUCGCAAAGAGAUACUUCACUAUCCGGUGGUAUGACGACCAUGUGACGUCGAAACUUUUCGGAUUCGAGGAUGGGGAAGAUUAUUAUGUGAAGACUAGUAGUCAACCUUGGCUUGAGAAAGAAGCGAUCCGGAUUCCGACCCUUUCAUUGCACGCAUUAGACGAUCCUAUUUUGCAUCCCGAUAACAUGCCUUGGGAUGUUGUAAAAAGGAGCAAGAAUGGGGCGGUGGUGUUUGCAGCUACUCCGGGGGGAGGACAUGUUGGUUGGUUUGAGGAUGGGCAUGGAGGGCUACUGCGUCGAUGGUAUACAAAGCCUAUCGUAGAGGUGAUUAGCCGAAUACAAGAGCUCUCACCUGAACCAAAACCGGCACCACCGGCGACAUACAUCGCUGACCCCGAAGGAGACGGGUCUCAGGUGCAAAUGAUUCUUCAGUCGGAUAUACCGCCUGGAAGGCAUGUCGGGUUUGUCCCUGAUUUCACGGGUGAAAAGUUUCGGGAUGUCAAGGAGAGGAAAGCACUCGGAUUCUGAGGCGUUUACAUUACAUAUUAGAAAUCUGGGAGAAGUAGAGAAAUGGUAAUUCUGAGAUAGAGGAGGGAUAUCAAGUAAUUGACCUCAAAGCGCAUUUAGCAAUUGGACAGUCAGAUAAAGCGAGGCGGGCCCUGCCCUGAGUAUGGGUAGCCCUAUCGGUCCUCACUAGGAC